CCCUGACCAGGCCGACCACCUAUAUAUGCGACUUUGUCCUACAACUUACCCACCCAGCUCCUCUACUGAUUAGUUUUUAAUCAACGCCACUAUCAACCGCUCGGACAAGUUCCUUAAAUCAUUCUCCGCUUAUCGCGCUGGUUAUACAGAAUGAUUUUCAACGGCCGCAUCAUCCAUGCUGCGCUCUUGCUCCCCGUCCUGGGUAUCAACGCCCAGGAGACCGGUUCUCAAGAAGAUGUAGGGGAGCAGCCAGCUGCAGUUUUCCCUAAUAUUGCCGACCUCAAGGACCUACCUUUCACCUUCAACACUACCUGCGACGACAGCCGCCAGAGGGCCAUUGCGCUCGCAUGGCAGGACGUCCAGAGCCAGAUUAAGCUCGUCAACGAAGCUCCCAGCAGCGACAACGUCGAGAACAUCUCGUACCAAGGCAAUGACCUCUUCGGUCCCGCAACCAUCAAGAAGCUCGGCGGAGAGACCAGGAUGAAGACGGUCUUCCAGGAGAUCGCCAACCGCAGGUGGAAGAUCACCGCCAACUGCGACGCAUCGCCCACCAUCGUGACCGACAACGAGAUGUGCAAGAAGGCAGGUGCCUGGGGUGGCAUCUACGGCACCUCUGGAAGCAUCAACUACGCCGGCGCGAGCCAGCCGGUGAUGAACUCUCGCAUCCGCAAGAGGGACGACAACCCGGAGAUCUCGAUGACCUUCUGCAAUGACUUCUUCUCCAUGUCGAACUUGGAGAACCAUGUCUAUCAGACCAGGGUCAGCGGGGAGCUUCGACCCGUCUAUGGCAUGUACAACUUGGAUGCUUAUCACAGGAACCAAGCUACUACACUUCUCCGACAAAUGAUCCACCACCUUCCAAGGCUGGAGCACUUGGAGGAUAAGAUCACGGACUUGAACGUCAAGCUUCCCUUCGUCAACGACAACCAAGCGCAGUCGUUGUGGUACCAAUGCUACGGCGCCAUGUGCGCCAGGAUCCUUGCACGAGUGUCCAAGUCUGAGAAGCACUGGAGCUCCUUGAACGCCGACACAUACGCUCUCUACGCCCUUUCCUACUACCUACAGAGCAACCCUACUGGUAACGUCCAACCCGAGGCUUUCGUCUACCCCUGGCUGCCACCGGUCGUCAACGCCGUCCCCGGCAACGGCACCCCCGUCCUCACAUCCAGCAACCAAGGCACCUUCGUCGUCGGCCUCAAGCAGUUCACCGAGGGCAUCCUCCACCCGAACAAGGGCGCCCUGACCGACCUCAACACGACAACCUCGGAGGUCCCGCUCGCCAGCCUCGAGGGGGCCCAGAUGACCACCUACGAAGAGUACCCCAAGGAGUUCAACGACCGCUUCCAGAACGAAGUCACCAACAUCUACAAGAACAAGAGCGCGAUCAACAAGAACAAGGUCGUCAAGUUCGAGUGCGCGUCCGCGGGCGACAAGCGCUUCAAGCUCGGCGACCUCGUCAAGUUCACCCGCCAGGAGGGCUCCGACUCCGCGCGACAGUUCUGCGAGAAGUACAACCCGGACAACCAGUGGUUCGAGCGCCACGUCAUCCUGCCCUACAUCCAGAAGUGGCGUAACGAGAGCUCCGAUGAUAAGGACUUUGUCAGCUCGGUCGACUACUUGAAGAGCAACCAGAGAGACUUCUUCGUCUACUCUGCGCUCGAGCUGGAUAACUUGCGCUUCACUGAUGCGUACCGUCCCGAUGCUGUCGGCAGCGUGUUCGAGGGCUCUAACCUCAAGGAGCUCGUUGGCAACUGCACCAGGACUCUCGAGUCUAUCAUGGACAACUGCGACAAAGACAGCCAGGACGGCACCUUCGGCGGCUCCGUCAAAGUCGGCAACAUCUUCUUCGACCUCGUCGCGACCCGCAGACAAGAAGACAUCCCGCCGCGCGACCUCGGCGAGUUCCGCUGCGCGGAGGUCGGACCCGAGACGCUGCACCUGGCGCUCGAGUACCAGCAGGACCCGUCCAAGACGUGCCAGUGCUCGUACUCCAUCUUCCCGGACUCCAAGACCAUCUUCUGCCGGCCCGAGGGCGGAUGCCAGAACAUCAAGGCCGACGACGACCGCCUGGAGAUCGACGCCGUAGCUAUGAGUCGCAAGGCUCAGAAGUGUCAGUGAGGAGUUUGAUUCCGCUGGCCGACUUUGCUUUUCUUCUUGUUGGAACACCCCCUUUUUGUUGGACCUUUUGUGAGGCAUUUUUUGUAGGGCGAUACCAUUGAUGCAUUGAGUUCAUGAUUUCUUCCCUCUCGUCGUUUUACACCUUUCCCCCGCUUGACUGGCUAGCUAGAUUAGCUUGUAGCAUUCA